AUGGAUCUUGAGUACGCCGAUGAUGCUGUUAUAUGCGAGGAAAGCAGUUCAAAACUUCAACAUGUCAGUCUUUCAUCGAAUCUGGCCUAUGAACUACGUCUACGCACUGAGAAAAACAAUCAGAUGCGAGUCUCCUCGAGACUUCGAACGGGAAUCAGAGUGGACCGACAACCGAUCGAACUCGUCGAUGAGUUCUGUUAG